ACCACUGAGAUAAACCCAGAGAAAUCAAGUUAAAAUAGCUAGUUCAGCCUAGAAGGUGCCUUUGAUACUUUCCUCUGCUGCUGCUAAUCACAGGGGAAGAGUUUGCCAAUGGUCAUCAGCUGAGACUAUCCCAGCAGGGUGAGGGCCAAGAGCAAGGGGCGUUGUUUAAAUCUGGAAGACAAGGUGGAAGAACAAUAACAGAGACAACAUCAGCUUGAUGAAAGCAUGAGGUGGCUGUUAGGAAGCAGCUGGAGGCAGUUUGGACCUGCUGGCAGGGGCGCCUACGAAUGGUUAACUAGUGAACCAAGUCUGCCACUUCUGGACACCCAGCUGCAGAGCACACAUAAGAUAAGCUCUACCAAAGAAGACAUUGAGCCAUUCCUGUGCAUCAUUCUUCCAGCCACCAUCCUGCUUUUCUUGGCAUUUGUGCUACUUUUCCUGUAUCAUCGCUGUAAACACCCAAGACCCCAGGGGCAGAUCUUCAGCAUUGACCUUCCAGAACACAUACCAGAGAGAGAAGUGACUGAUUUCCUUUCAGUCUUACCUUGGAGCACUGAGCAGACCUUCCAUUAUUCAACCUUGCACCCGGAAGCUACUUUCCUCACAGUGUGCCUGCCACCCUCUUAUGAGGAGGCCACUAUGAAAACUCCUGAGGAAGAGGUCCAAAAUAGGAUUGCCCAAGGUCUAGUGCCUCUUUAUGAAGAAGAGAGCACACGUAGGUUGAAUGAUAAUAAAUGACCUUGAUCUGCAAAUCCCUUGUAUCAAUAGCUAGCAACCUUUUAACUGGGAAGGAUCCAAAAAAAUUGGAUCAGGGAAAAGGAGUAUGCUAGUCCAUGAAACAGGAUAUUCCUAGACUGAAUGUAAGCACUAGAGAUAAAUUACAACUUUAAGAGUAAAGGCAAAUUUAUUUAAUCCAUGUAUACUUUCUGUAACAUUAAUGAAUAUUUUUCUUAUUUCAUAAACAUAAGUAAGAUAAAAUAAAUAACACUUUCAAUUCCCUACCCCAAGUGAGAAAAGUUCCAUGAAGGUGAAAGAAUUUAGCUGAAGUUGCCAAAGAUCACUAGCUAAUAAACACACCAAAGAAUAUUUACCCUACCCCUUAAGAAACUCUUGUGAAUUUAACAUAGAACAAUUCUUGGAAACAGACAUCAAAAAUUGUUUUAUAUCUUUUACCAAAGUAAGGUCAGUGAAUUUGGAAUAGUUAGACA